CCGGUAUAUAUACUACAAGGUAAGUACUUCCAGAACAUACUACUACCUACCAGUGUCCAUGUCUGACUCAUUGCUGAGUGAGCAGACGAACGAACGACUCGAGGAGAAGGGACGCGAAGAUUCUCGCGUGGCUUCAACUAUAGUCCGAUUGCCGGAUUGCCGGAUGCGGCUGGCGCAUCUUCGACACUCACAGGUCGGCUUUUAUCAAUAUUCUUGAAGUUUUCACCAGAAAUUUACAAUCUUACUUUGAGUAGCUCCCACAACGCGUCCUAACCACUAUUCUCAAUAUUUUUCCUCUUCGGAAAGAUGUGUCUGUGCUUCCCACUAUUCAUGCCCGUGGCAGAAGGACGAUUGUCUUCGUAUGACCGUUACGAUACUCAAUAUAAUCGAUACAGCCAAUGUCUUCAUCAGACGCAUACACGGGCGACUUCUCCUGGAAUUAUCCCAGACGCAGCCAUUGAGUCUGGGAAUUUGCUUCAACCUAGUAACACCUUUCUACCCGUCGACCACCCCGCAACACGCGAGAGGCUAGACGGAAACAUUCCUAUCUGGUCACCGACCACUUUCUCUUACUAUCCAGUUGAUUACAACCAUUAUCGACUACCUUCAACCAUAGUACCGUAUUACAUGCUACCAGCCAGCGUCAUUUUCACCGGAUCGAACAUGUUUGCAAGAAGCGUCCCGAUCUUGUAUCAGUCGCCAGAUACCCAUCAGUCUUCAAGCACUUCUAGCAGGGCAUCGAGGCAAGAUCUCCUUGUCAAUGGCAUGACGGUGAACCCAGAUGCUGUUGGUCACAAGAGCUCUAUGCGUCCUAGUAUGGCGGGCUCAUUAUCGGAUAUACCUCGUUCCCCCCGUCUGGACAGUGCCCUGGAAAAUCACACAAUGAACAUGUCGUAUCAUUGCUAUGACCCUCCAAACGAACAUGCGGCACCUGCCAAUUGGAUGCGAUUUGAGCUGGGAAAUGACGUGACCUUGAGUACUAACGAUAUGGUAUGUUACCUUUUGCCAUCCUCUGAGCCUGCAGCACCUUGACUUUGGACUAGGGUGAUAAGCAACGUGCUAUGUUAUCACAGUUAGAAGAACUUUCCAGAGAAAGACGACCACUAGAGGAGCUCGAGAUGCAAGUGCGACGGCAGUUGGGGAUGAGCGAAGAUGCUGACUCAACCGAGGUUCUCCGAGUCCUUAGGACCAGGUACGAGGUGACGCACAACGGUGAUCAUCGCUUCUUGGAGGUGUUAAAAAACCUCAACAAGCUCUAUCAUCU